AUGCCCGCCGGAGUCUCGUGGGGCCAAUACAUGAAGUUCUUGGGCAGCGCAAUGCUGGCCAUGAUGGCCGGCUCCCAGGCAGUGCAUAUGUACUUUAAGCCCCUGGACGAUUUGCCCGUGUACAUAGAGAAGGAGAAACAACAACUACAGAAGGAGCACGGCACAGUUAAUAGUUAGCUUUAAAUAUAAAUAUAAUAUAUUUCUUGUUCUAUCUGUACUAUACAACUAAAGAGAGAACUUAUGUGAAUUAA